AUGAUUGAUGAUUCAUCAAUAUCCGUCUCCUUCGGUCCAUCCUCCUUAGGAGGAUGGACCGAAGACUUAGCUUCCUUUGCCAAAGAUUUCCGGCCAAUUUUGGAUGAAGAACUACGCCAACAUGGCGCAGUCGUCAUCCAGGGUCUUCCUCUCGAGGCGGCUAAGGAUUUCUCCGAGUUUUACGACGCGAUGGAGUAUCAUCCCAUUCCGUACACUGGUGGUACUGGCGAGAGAGAGAAACUACUAAAGAAUGUCUUCACCACCAGCAGCGACCCUGAGGAAUACACCCUCGAGCAGCAUAAUGAAAUGUCCUAUCUACCAUUCUGGCCACACCUGUUAUUUAUCUACUGUGAGGUUGAAACUGAGAAGGGAUGGGGAGGCGAGAACGGCCUAAGGGACGUCAGGGUACUCUACGACAGCAUUGACCCAGACAUCACGGAGAAAUUCAAUCGUCUUGGGGUUCGUUACUGGCGAUAUCUGCCACUGCCAUCCCAUCCGAAAUAUAAGGCGUACACUGCUUGGCAUAAGGUGAAAUGUUAUGGUUCGGUCAGAUCUGCUGUUGCAACUAUACAUUCCUAA